UGAAGUGUCAAUUAACACUUCUCUAUGUUUCGCAUUAGCUAAGUUCAGAGAGAUCCAGCUUUCAAUGAUUCAAAGGCUUCUUUGAGCGAUAAUUGUAAGCUCUUAAGUCAUCAUGUCUUUUGGUUACUCGGUGGGAGACAUUAUUGCUGGUGCUAGCCUCACGUGUCGGCUAGUUCAAGCCCUGUCAGCGUCCCGAGGAUCUUGCAUCGAGUACCAAGAAGCUGUGAUGGAGCUUAGAGCUAUGGAACAGGCCUUUAUCCAAACAGGCAACCUUAUGAAAAGCAAUGCGUUCACCCCAUCCGUUAUUAACGCAAUGGCUCAUAUUGCCUUGUCCUCGAUAGCCACCAUUGAGAAGUUUUUCCAUCGAACCAAGUAUUUGCAGAGCCGCCUAGGUGACGAAGGAGGCGUCCUAAGCGGCAGUUGGUCUAAGAUUGGGUGGCAAUUGUUUGGGAAAGAAGAGUUACGCGCGUUGAGAACUCAGCUACAUGAGCGGUUAAGCUCGAUCGAUUCUCUUAUUACAAUAGCCUCCAGUUGCAUCAAGACACCGUCAGCUGUCGCACAAUACCAAGACAGCUCAUUAGAAGCCCCAACGAAUCAUUUUGCAAAUGGAGGGUCUACUCAAAGUCCUGCCCCAACCGAAACAUCUCAAUGCAAUAUGACGCCUUUAUCAUUCUCUGUGAUCACACCCUCAAGAGCGCUCGAACAGAUUGUCAACAACACUCGAAAUUCGAUAGAGGCGGAAACUAGUACGCUACGAGUCAAUAAGCCUCCCGCAUCAGAACAGAGCGUAGACCACUCUGAGGGAAAGAGUGUUUUGACCUCUCUUCAUCAUGGUGCUGCCAUCCAGAAAGCACGACCAAUUAGUCUAGACGGGGACUCCGAGGAUGAAGCGAUAAAGGAGCGAAAGUUCAACCAAGCUACACAAAGAAUAGGAAAGUCACCAGCCGAGCUGGAGCUGGAAAUACGCGCCAAAAUCCAAGUUGAACAGGCUGAAGCAGCAGCGGCAGCUGAAGCGGCGGCAGCUGAUGCUCAGUUCAAAGAAAACAUCGAGAUGAUGAGACAGAUGGUGACCUCGCUGUAUGAAAAAGAGGCUAGAAGGGAAGCUGAAGCUGAAAAGGCGAAAGUGGUCGAAGCUGCCGUUCGGUUCAAGGAUGCCGUUGGUCGGAAAUUCAGUUUCCCUUUCCACAUAUGCCAAACUUGGCAAGGUAUGGAAGAAUUGAUCAAACAAGCAUUCAUCCAUGUCGACGUUAUUGGACCUCACGUGCAAGCUGGGCACUACGAUCUAAUCGGACCUAAUGGAGAAAUAAUCCUCCCACAAGUCUGGGAUAAAGUAAUACAGCCGGACUGGCAGGUAACCAUGCAGAUGUGGCCUAUGGAUCGACCAAAACAACCACCGCCACGGCCGGUAGCUCCUAUCCCAACUCAACAAAGACCCCGGCACUACCAACCGCCACCACCACCACCGCCGCCUUUCGGUCCUAACUCAACUCAACAACGACCUCAACACCACCAACCAGGGUAUCCGCCAAAAAGACCUGGGGAGAAAUCUCUGAUCAAUGAUCCAAGAGAUAAUGAAUUACCUACAAGUGGCCGGAGGGGAUUUCCUCCAUGGAUGGUAGUAGCUAAUGAGGAUCGCCCCAAGAAAGGGCAGGCUAAAUCCAUCAGCAGAUACGAGGAGUUGUCAAUCAACCCUUCCCAGUUCCAAGUCAAUCCCAAAUCGGACAUACACAGUACCAGGGAAGAGCCCAAAAAAGCCUCCAACUUUGGAAUGUUGGAUAGAUUCGACCCUAACUGGCGAGAGGAAUACAAGAGCGAAAUUACAGAUCUGGGCUUGACGGAUGAGUUUAUUCGAACAAACCAAGCACAGAUUAUAACGCAUUUACAGAACAGAAGGAAGGUAGGUGGAUACUCUGUGUUCCCGACCGAACGCUCUUCGAUGUGCCCAUCGUUGAGCCAAGAAAGUGAUGCCCGCGAGAGCCGUCCUCAGGUUAAGGGAAGAAGGUCAUCAAAACCGAGUACCAAGUAUAAGUUCAAACGUCGGACCGUGUUUAAAGAAAAAGGACAUACAAGAGGGUUGGAAAUAAGAUAAUGAGAAGGAGGAAUGAUAUUCGUUGCGUUUUCCUAUAGAAAGGAAAGCUGACAAUAUCACCUUAGCUUCCCGCUCCCCUCUGUGGCCUUGCUGACCCAGUCUCAA